ACAUACGAUGGUAUAAAUUGAAGGUUAGUUCUACAUGUCCUAUCGUCACCAAGUACUCAUCCCGAUAAUCUCUCUUCCUGCAUACGCAUCACUUUUCUACGAUGUCUUACAUGAACCCUCUUCAUCCCCCUGUUCCCAGCAGCGUUCACUCAUCAUAUACCGCCCUUGCUGGUGCCUGCUCCGCGUAUCAACCUCCCUUCGCUCAAACUAUGCCGCACACCCACCGACGCCUGCCUCAGGCGCCAUUAUCGAAGGCGCCGACAUCUCGUCGUUCCCCUCCUUGCCCUGCCGUCACAUUUGACCUUUAUGGGGCCCCCUCGCCUGGUCUUGGCAUUCCUAUGUGUGAGCUGCUCGCUCGUUCAGGAGGCGCACUGGAACGUAUGCUCGUCGGUGCGAAUGACGGCGUCGGUGUUCAAAUGAGCGGAUCUUUUGGCUUUCGCAGAGUCAAUCUCAAGAUCUUGUGGCCAGGAUAUGAGCAUCUCGAUCGCACUUACCCCGUUGAUAUUCAUACUCCAGCUGGUCCUCUCACCCGCACGCAACUCGCUGUGCAAGUUGCACGUGCAUUCGCGCGCUUCAUCGAGGAACUGCAAGGUCACCCCCCUGCACAGCACGGCGCCAGUUGGCGCUUUGGAAAUGGUGGAAUUAAUUUUAAUCGCCUCAUACUUUCCGCGCUUUGGAACGUCUAUGAUGACGUAUGGCUGGCUGAGGUUAUUGUCGACUUUCGUUAAGCGGAGUCGUGGACUUGAUUCAUUGGUUGUUGCCGCACGCGUCUUCUAACACCUAACACUCAUGCACUUGUAGCCCUAGGUAUUUUGUUUCUUACUGUAACUUUUACUUUGUCAUAAAGUGUCUUCUUAUGAUACCCCAUACUUCCUCACAACAGACUCGUACAUAUUCAACCUUGGGACCAUAAUUAUAACUCGUGUAUCUAAACAUAGAUUUGUGUAUAUAUAUACAUCUACCUUCCUCGUGCUGCCAGCACAUCUCAAUUUGCAGGUGGUCGAUCCUUC